GGGGAACUUUAAAGAAACAGAUCAGUCAGUCUGAUCGCAGCAGAAGUGUGCUGAAACUGUCUUAACCACUUGUUGAGGAGCUCAGUUUGUGUGCGAAGGCCAGGCUUCAGUCUGGAUCGUUGCUGUUCUUGGUCGAGAUAUUAAGUAAGGGAAUUUUACUGGAGGGAUGACUGUAUUGCACACCUGCCUUUGCCUGACGGGUUUGGUGCUAUGGAUCAUUCAGGAGUCCAGCGCUUUAGUGCUGUCUAACGUCACCGAACUUCUGCAACACAAUGCUGAGAUGGAGCCAGCGCUGAGGAGGUUUCUGCAGACCGAUAGUGUCCCCCGCAGCAACAGACGCAAACGGCACAUCUCUCAACGCGACAGGCUGGGCAUCCUGGAGUAUCACAACUGGGUCAGGUCUCAAGUCUUCCCACCCGCAGCUAACAUGGAGUAUAUGAUCUGGGAUGACAGACUAGCGAAAUCUGCUGAGGCUUGGGCAGCGCAAUGUGUAUGGGAUCAUGGGCCACCUAGCUUGAUGAGAUACAUUGGUCAAAAUCUAUCCACUCAGUCUGGCCGCUAUCGAUCCAUUUUAGAUCUUGUAAAAUCCUGGUAUGAUGAAGGUCGUUAUUACUCCUACCCUCAUCCUAGAGAAUGUAAUCCACGCUGUCCAAAUAAAUGCAGUGGAGCAGUUUGCUCUCAUUAUACACAGAUGGUGUGGGCUGCAUCGAACAGAAUAGGCUGUGCCGUUCACACCUGCAAUAACAUGAAUGUCUGGGGAGCAUCAUGGCGUCGCACAACUUUUCUAGUGUGCAAUUAUUCUAUAAAGGGAAACUGGAUUGGAGAAGCACCAUAUAAAUCAGGAAAACCCUGUUCAGCUUGUCCGCCCAGCUACGGAGGCUCCUGUAGCAACAACAUGUGUUUCCCAGGAGUAAUAUCAAAUAAGUUGUCCUUCAAAUAAUUUAUGUUAUGUCGAUUUUUUUUUUGGUGGGGGGGAGGGAGGAAAUUACAAAGAAAUACUAAAAGGUAAAGAUGCACAAUGCCUUUGCCAUAUAGGAGAUUUGUAUAUUGCUUUCCAUUGUUUUGCUUACGUUUCAGAGUUUCCAACCCACACCACCACCCCCCCACCUAAUUCCUUGAAAUGCAGUGAAAAUAAGGACUAGAUUGGAAGGUCAAGCCAAUUAUGUUUUAGUGUAAAAAAAAGUUUUAAAACUGGGAAAUAAUAUAAUUAAUUGUUUUUUUUAUAAUCUGAAACACUCAAGGUUCGGGCUGUUAUGCAACUAUUGUUUUUGAGGUGUGUACCUUCGAUGUUUCAAAGACUUCGGUUUGGUGCUGUGCGUAAUUGCAGUUGAAUUGCCCCUUUCUCUCCUUUUCAAAGUUUUCAAGAGUUUAUGAC